ACUCAGGCUAUGGAGAAGCCCCAGUCAGGAACCAAUGUGUUCAGCCUCGGUCCGAUGAAGGGCAGGUACUCCAUCUCGUCUGCUGACGGAGUGGAGCAGGAGGCUCGCUUUAGCGUGGUCAGUGAUGGAGACAAUAUCAGCUACAGCGCUAGCAGCGUGGCGUCCCGCGACUCCCGUGGCAUGUCUGGAUUUGACACUCUAGACGCGCCACCGCGGUACGAGUUCUACUCCAACACCGAAGUCGCCGGGAGACGUCGCUUCAGACCCUCCCUGUUCCAGCUGCACUCCCACCAGGAGGAUAAUUGCUGUCCUCCUCCUCUGUAUGAGACCCAUGGACCAGAAGAGACAGACAGAGAAAAUAUUCUAGAGGAUGAGAAGGCUGACAAGCUAGCGCCAGAACCAACACGCUUUGGAUGGGUGCAAGGUGUUAUGAUCCGGUGCAUGCUAAACAUCUGGGGUGUGAUUCUCUAUCUCCGGCUACCUUGGAUCACAGCACAGGCAGGGAUUGGCCUCACCUGGAUCAUCAUCCUCCUCUCCUCCCUCAUCACAGGAGUGACCGGCCUCUCAGUCUCGGCCAUAGCCACCAAUGGCAAAGUCAAGGGUGGUGGGACCUACUUCCUGAUCUCCCGCAGCCUGGGGCCAGAGUUGGGCGGCUCCAUUGGCCUCAUCUUUGCCUUCGCCAACGCUGUGGCCGUUGCCAUGCACACUGUUGGCUUCGCCGAGACCGUGCUGGACUUGAUGCAGGAACAUGAGACUGGCAUAGUAGAUCCUAUUAAUGACAUCCGGAUCAUUGGCGUCAUCACUGUCACCUGUUUACUAGCCAUCUCCAUGGCAGGAAUGGAGUGGGAAUCAAAGGCCCAGAUUCUCUUCUUCUUUGUCAUCAUGGUCUCCUUCGCCAGCUACUUUGUUGGCACGGUGAUUCCCGCCACCCCUGAGAAGCAGGCCAAAGGCUUCUACAGCUACAGAGCGGACAUCUUUGCUGAAAACUUUGUGCCGCGCUGGCGUGGUCCAGAUGGCAGUUUCUUUGGGAUGUUCUCCAUUUUCUUUCCAUCAGCCACUGGGAUCCUGGCUGGAGCUAACAUCUCUGGAGACCUAAAGGAUCCCAACAUUGCUAUACCCAAAGGGACGCUGUCUGCCAUUUUCUGGACUACAGUAUCCUAUCUGCUCGUAUCAGUCACAAUAGGGUCAUGUGUGGUGCGAGAUGCAUCUGGCUACAUCAAUGACACACUGGCUGAGCCUUAUAAUAAAGAAGACUGCUUAGGCAUGGGCUGCCACUACGGCUGGAACUUCAGUGAAUGCAUCUCCAACAAAACCUGUGCCUAUGGCAUCAGCAACUACUACCAGAGUAUGAGUUUGGUGUCUGCAUUCGGACCCCUGAUCACAGCAGGGAUAUUUGGGGCCACACUCUCCUCAGCUUUGGCCUGCCUGGUCUCAGCACCCAAGGUUUUCCAGUGUCUGUGUAAGGAUAACCUGUACCCGCUCAUUGGCUUCUUUGGGAAAGGCUAUGGGAAGAAUGACGAGCCCUACAGAGCCUACCUGUUGACCUACAUCAUCGCUGUCUGCUUUAUUAUCAUUGCUGAGCUGAACACCAUCGCUCCUAUCAUCUCCAACUUCUUCCUGUGUUCUUACGCCCUCAUCAACUUCAGCUGCUUUCACGCCUCCAUCACUAACUCUCCAGGUUGGCGCCCGUCUUUCCGUUACUUUAAUAAGUGGGCGUCGCUGCUGUGCGCCAUGGUGGCGGUUGUCAUCAUGUUCCUGCUGACCUGGUGGGCGGCACUCAUCGCUAUCGGAGUCGUGCUCUUCCUGCUGGGCUACGUGCUCUACAAGAGACCCUCUGUGAACUGGGGCUCCUCAGUCCAAGCUAGCUCCUAUAACAUGGCUCUCUCUCACUGUAUGGGUCUCAACCAGGUGGACGACCAUAUAAAAAAUUACAGACCUCAGUGUCUUCUCCUCACUGGCCCUCCUGCUGUCCGGCCUGCCCUGGUGGACUUUGUUGGGACCUUCACCAAGAACCUGAGUCUGAUGAUGUGUGCGAAUGUUGUCGUUGAAAGUCCUUCUCCCGAUGCUGUAGAUUCUGCCAGCCACAGCUCUCACGUAGCCUGGCUGAACCAACGACAGAUUAAAUCCUUUUACCAUGGAGUGGUAGCAGAUAACCUACGCUCUGGCGUCCAGAUGCUGCUGCAGGGAGCGGGAUUGGGACGAAUGCGCCCAAACAUGUUGGUGAUGGGUUAUAAAAAGAACUGGCGGAAAGACAAAGCAAGUAGCAUGGACAGUUACAUAGGCAUCUUACAUGAUGCCUUUGACCUUCACUAUGGUGUGUGUGUGCUUCGAAUGAAAGAAGGCCUGGACAUGUCUUGGAAGAUGCAAGCUCACGCUAACCCUGCAUAUGAGGCCCAUCCAGAGCAAACAGGAUCUCCCCCCGAAUCUCCCUCAUGCAUCUCAUUUUCAGGCCCUGAGGCUUCAGUCAUUCCCCCUCAGGCCUCAACUGUGUUCCAGAAAAAGCAGGAGAAGAAGACUAUUGAUGUGUACUGGCUUUCUGAUGAUGGAGGCCUGACACUUCUCAUCCCCUACCUCCUCACCCGUAAGAAGCGCUGGGCAAAGUGUAAGGUGCGUGUGUUCGUGGGGGGAGAUAUCCAGCGCAUGGAGGAGCGCAAGAAAGAGGUGAUGAGUCUCAUCACUAAAUUCCGAUUAGGGUUCCAGGAGGUCCUGGUUCUGCCUGAUAUCAACGAGAGGCCUCAGCCUGAAAAUGUCAAGAAGUUUGAGGACCUGAUCGCACCCUACAGAGUGGACACAGUCACUAAGAGUGCAGACUCAGAGGCAGGGUUGAAGGACUAUCCCUGGGAGGUGUCCACUGAGGAGAUGGAGAGAUAUAAAGCCAAGUCUCACCGACAGAUACGUCUUAAUGAGAUUUUGUGUGAUUACUCACGAGAGGCUGCCCUCGUUGUUGUGACCCUGCCUGUUGGCAGGAGAGGGAUGUGUCCGAGUGCACUCUACAUGGCCUGGCUGGAGACACUGUCACGUAACCUUCGACCUCCAGUCCUGCUCAUCAGGGGAAAUCAACAGAAUGUUCUCACCUUCUACUGUCAGUGAUCCCAGCUCAACCCAACAGUACCACAAUCAGUCAUUUGAUGAGAACUUAAACUAGCCAUUUCAAUUUAAUUUAUGUCUGUAAAUUGCAAGUUGGCUAGUGGUUGUUUAGUUAGGUCUAGUAUUGUAAGUUAUUACUAAUGUCAAGAUGUGGUGUAAACUUUUCUGGAACAUAUUCUUUUCUCACUUUUCUGUGUUUGUGUCACAUGUAGGCUGUAAUUCACAAUGUAUCUAAUUAAAUAAAUUACUGUGAGUUAAUAUAAA